AUGGGCAAAAAAUCUGCUCUGGUCCUGUACCCGUUGACCAAACUCACGGGGAUCUUGAGAAAGCACAUCUCGGAACAUGGUUUCCGUGUUUCCAUAUCCAUGGGAUUAGUUAUAAGUACUACAUUAAUAGUGGUAUUAGGAAACUAUUGGAAACGAAGAAAGUAUUCUCGAGAAUCUGCACCAGUUAUAAAACAUUAUUCCUACGACAAGAGAAAAGCUAAUGUUGAUGUACCUUCAGUAUCUAGUUUUCGAAUUUUUAGAACUAGCCAUAGAUCACUAAGUCCAAGCAUCAAAUCCACUAAUCGGCAAACAUCUGUGAUAUCUUCAACUCAAGAUUCUCCAAGUCAUUGUAAAUCCUCAGAAGUUAAGUAUACUGCACCUCAACAACUAGGUGUAAUGGGAAUGGAAUCUUUAGCAUGCAGUAUAUCGUUUUGGGAAGAUGCAUUGACAGCAUUUUCUGGCAAUAAUUCAACAAUGGUAUCCAAUAAACUUAUGUCCACUGAAGAUUCUCAAUUUUGUAAAGAACUUCAACUGUUAGUGGAUUCUGCUUAUUCAUUGCAAGAUCAGUGUCAAUUACUUUUUUUAGAUCAAAGGUCAGUAUUAUUUCGUGUUCAACAAAAUGGAAAUGGUGAAACAUUGAAGUUUGAUGAUCGUCGUUCGUCAGUAGAUAGUUUUGUUUCGGCACGCACAGAUGUUGCAAAUUUAAGAGAAUUUGAAGAAUUAAAUUUUGACAACUAUUAUUUAUAUCAAAAUGCUUUAAGAUACUCUGAAAUUGAGGGCAUAGCAUGCAGAACUUAUCGAACAACAUUGGUGAAUUGUGCUUCAGACAGAGAAUAUGUUUGUAAAUUGCACUGUAUUCGACAAGCUUUUGAAAAUGUAUUCAAGAAUGAAAAAAACUCAAUGUGGUUUGCUGAUUGCGGGAGACGUAUAUUAACUGAUAUAUUUUUAUUUGCCGAGAAAGACCCCAAGGAUUUUCUUUUAGCUUAUGAGGAGAUGUUGAGCUGGGCAAAAACUGAUGCACACUGGACAGAGGCUGAAAUUGAACUGUCAACCAGGGGUGUAAAAAAAAUGACAUUUUAUGAUAUUGUUAUGGACUACAUUUUGAUGGAUGCAUUUGAAGACCUUGAAGCGCCUCCAACAUCGGUGAUUGCCGUAAUACAAAAUCGUUGGCUAUCAAAAGGAUUUAAAGAAACUGCUUUAUCAACUGCAGUAUGGUCAGUCCUCCGUGCCAAGCGUAGUAAAUUGAAGUACCCAAAUGGUUUUAUGCAUCAUUUUUACAACAUAUCUGAACAAAUGUCACCUUUACUUGCAUGGGGCUUCUUAGGUCCUGAUGAAGAACUGAGCAGAAUAUGUUUGUUUUUCAAAGAUCAAGUCAUUGAAUUGAUGCGUGAUAUAUUCAGCUUUGAUAAAUGUCGUUACACCACCAAAGAAGAACUAUCUUCAGACAUGUUUGAGCAAUUCAAAAUACGAGCAGAGAACAUCAAUAAAAUGAUUGAAAUGAAAUGUAGUUUAGAUGUUAAAUCUUAA